AUGAGCACCAACACAGCAUCCCUCAACGCCGGGCAAGGCGCCGGAAACACCUACCAGAACCCCAACGUGAACCCGUCGACCUCGCAAGGCGUUGGCGCCGGCACGAACCUGGGGCAGCAGCGCCUCGGCGGCGACAGCACGAACCCUGACGGCGCCUCUCGCGGCACCAGCGCCACGCAGCUGGGAAGCUCUCUCGGACAGGAAGCGAGCGCCACCGAUGCCGCUGCCGCCGGCGGUGUUGGGGCGAACAACUCGACCAUCGGUGGUGGAGACGCGCCGACGUCGCGAACAGGUGGUGUCGCGCAGCAGAUCAAGGGUGCUUUUGCGCAAGGGCAUGGUGUGGGUGAGAUCCUGAGAGGAAAGGUCAACUCGGCGGUGGACACCAUGGCAGGCGACUCGCAGGGUAUGGCGAUAGACAAGCGCACGACGACUGCUGGCGAGAGGGAAUUCGCCAAUAGGGAGUUCGCAAAGAAGACAAGUACCGACUAG